AGUAGUUUAAAAAUCACUCUCUCACUCCGCAACCUCUCGCAGCCCCAGGGUUUUAUAAAGCAAACAAUUAAAGGUAUGUACCUUAUUUUUACAUUAAAUGGGGCUUCUUAAGAACCCUGUAUAUAAAGUUUUCUAUAGCGAGUAGUUCAUUUUGGGCUCUUUAUAUCCCGCAGUAUUUUUCUGGGCACUUGAGGGCACAAAUCCAGCGCAAUGUGAACGUUCUAAACCAGCGCGUUCACAGGAACCCACUAGAAAGCCGAUUUAAAUUGACUUUAAUUUACAGCAAAUGAACACUAAAUUCCUUCCAUUUGGCCUAUAAAUUGAUGUAAAUGAGAUUUAAAAAUCAUGUUUUAUUGUGAAUUAUUUGUGAAUAUUAUUUGGACACUUGGGCUAUUUAAAAAUGUUAAUCAUUUAUUAAGAAAUGGAUAGAUGUUUAGUUCGGUAAUUGAAGUUUGAAAUUAGCUACAAUUGGGUAACUAACUAAUUAUAUGCUUUAAUUUCAGGUCAUCCAAGUAAGAUUAUUUUAUAUUUGUUUCAGAAUGCUUCAAUCUAUGAUAACUGAAAAUUUAAUUCAGUUCUCUUAAUUUUUAAGAAGAUUAUGGGCUUUUGACUGUCCACGAUCACAGCUUUUUUGUUAUGUCCAUAGAAAAUCAAUAGGGAACAAGAUGCUAAUUUCCGAGUAUGAAAAUGGCCAUAACUUUUUUAUUACUUGAGAUAUGAAAGUGAAUUAGGUGUCAAAUUAAACUUAUUGUUAUGCUUUAUCUGAUGGGAUAAAUUGCAGACUUGAUUUUUUAAAUCUCAAAAUUUUGUAACAUUGCUAAUUGAACCAUUCUCCAGAGAUACUGCCUGACCCGCUGAGUUACAUAGAAACAUAGGAAAAUUGUUGCAGGAGUAGGCCAUUCAGCCCUUCGAGCCAGCACCGCCAUUCAAUAUUGUCAUGGCUGAUCAUCUAAAAUCAGUAACCCGUUCCUGCUUUUUCCCCAUAUCCCUUGAUUCCUUUAGCCCAAAGAGCUAAAUCUAACUCAAAUCUAAAUCAAAGUACUCCAGUACUUUGUUUCUAUCUGCGGUAUAAACCAGCAUUUGCAGUCCCUUCCUACACAUGGAGUGUGACACAAAGUGCUGGAGUAAUUCAGCGGGUCAGGCAGCAUCUCAGGAGAACAUGGAUAGGCGAAGUUUCGGGUCGGACCUUGUAGGAAGGAACUGCAGAUGCUGGUUAAUACACAAAAGAACACCCAAGUGCUGGGGCAACUCAGCGGGUCAGGCAGCAUCUCUGGAGAAAAAGCACGGGGUGACGUUUGGUGUAGGGAGCUGUCUUCAGACUGCUCCAGGGAUGCAUCUCCAGGGUAUUUGUGUGUGGCAUUAUUUGAUGGCAUUGCAAAACAAAGCAAAGCUUUGACUGAACCUUGGUACACGUGACAAUAAUAAAGCUAAGGCUGAGGCUCGCGUCGGUCUCCAUGGCAGCGGCGACACAGUCAGGCGGAUACAAUCUAACAAUGCGGUGAGGGGGAUACAGACAGGGAGACGGAUACAUCACAUUGAUACAUUCACUCAGGGACAAGGCAAGACAGCCGGCACCGUACCAUCAGUUGCCCUGACCUGACGAGAGAGACUUCUCUCUCACUACUUUCGCUGACUGGAAUUGCGUGUAAACUUCGCGGCCGCUCCUCUUGCCCCUCCCGGGGUGUUUUAUCGACCCCCUUCCCCUCCCUUCAGCACCGUCUCUCAUCCCCCGGGCAAAGAUGUACGACCGAGCACCGCGGGACACCAUCUUCGCCUCGGCGCUCGGCAGCACCGGGCCGGCAGUCGGGCCCGCCUCGUACAACGCCGGCCGCAGCAGGGCGCAGUGUGGCUGCACGGAUGGAGAUGGAUAUGCUCCCUUUCUGUCUUUGACAAACCGCGAAUCUGUGUUGGUUACUCCGGGAACUCUCCUGGCACCAGGUCCACAGCACUAUGACGUUAACCCCAUGCAGGAACACAUCAGAGGAGGGCAGAGCAUGAAGAACAGGGAGAUCCGGUUCAAACAUGCUGGAUCAGACCUACCAGGACCUGGUUACUAUGACGCCUAUCCAAUGAAACUUGUUGACGUAGCAAACAAAGCACCUAAGCCACAGUGCACACCGACGUUUGUGAGUCCUUCGGCCAGUGCCCCAUCGAUUCCCGCAUCCAGCCAGUCCCACGGCUACGAGGAAUCUAUCAAUGGCGCAUUGUGCAGGCACCUACCUCCUUCCAGAGACACAUCGCUCGGGCCAGCCUACUACAACCCACAAUUUAUUGAGUCCUAUCCAACUCGGCAAUACAAAGGCGUGCAUUUCGGAAACAGGACAUCAAAGCGGAUUGAUUUUAAAGUCCCCUUCGGACCUGGACCUGCAACAUAUGAUGUCCAGAAGGAGAGUACCCUUAAUUACGAAAACCUUAAUAUGAAGAAUAUUGAUCAAAAACGAGAGUCUUAUGUGCCCCGAUAUAUUGAUGCGGUUGUACAAGACGUGGAAAAGAAGGGUUUCCCUGGACCUGCAAAAUAUGUGAUUAAACGGCAGUUUAGUGAACCCACAGCUCUACUGAAUAGGUUCAUGCCUACGCAGCCUCCAUUCCUGUCUCAGACCAAGAGGUUCCUGCCCGAUAAGUCCAUCACCCCAGCUCCUGGAUGGUACGAUGACCCACGCACAGCUUUGCAAACUCUGAAGAGGAUUUCGACAAGGUGCAACGUCCCAUUUGGUCAGAAUGCAGUAAGGUUCACAGAGGACCUUCGGACAAUAUGUGACCCAGGUCCAGGAACAUACAACGUCACAAACCACACUGUUGCCCGAGAGAGCCAGAUGAAAACCUUAUAUGAGAGUUCAACAAGAGGAGGGUUUGGAUCCACCGUUCCUCGCUUGCAAGCUGUCGAAACAAAGCAAACGAUGCCAGGUCCAGCUGAUUAUAAGAUUAAGCAGACAAAGAAUAAAUAUAAGAAACACAAAAGUGCAUCGUUUGCUUCAUUAACCGAGAGAAUGCCUGCUCCGGCAACACAGGAUUGUCCGCCAAUCGGCUUCUAUGAAGUGCAAAAGUCAUUCGAUAGAACUCAAGCCCGAGGUGGCAACGCUGCAGAUGAAUUCACGUGCAACUCCUUCCUCACGACGGUGCCAAGGAAGUUAAAUCUGGUGCGACAGUCUGCAGAUGAGCCUGGACCUGGUGCAUACAAGCCUUUGCUGAAGUCCAAGCCCAAAAUGGCUUUAAUGGUGUCGAGACAACCCCGCUUUAAAGAGGACAAUUACUUCACCCCUGGCCCCGGAGAUUAUGAGCUGAGCCCAGCCAUUAUGGACACUCUUCUGAAGGGGACCUUCAAUGCUACCUUAUAUAAUCCACUCGUCAAUCCACCACCGACUCCAAGGCAUCCCGACCCCCCACUAUUCCAGGACCUGUGACAUCCAUCUGACCAUCAAACCACAUCAGACAUUAACAGAGGAGGGAAAGGAGUGGAGGUCUAAAUGCCGAAGAGAACGCUAUUGACUCUUCACCGCUCUCAAGACAACUCUUAACGUGCAUCGCAUGUAAGAUGUACUUCACAGAGGAGCAACAAUGUGACUUAGAGUUUCAGCUCUGGAAGAGUACAGAUGAUCGGACAGUAGUUGACAUAGUUCAGUCGGAUCGAUGGUGUGGAUGUGAUCAUGUUCAUUUAGUAAUACUAAUAAUUAGUGUGAUUACUAGUGUGAAAUAAUAAAACAAGCACCUUUCUUUCAUCUUUUGUUCCUUUUUUCCCCAACGUGCAUCGUUUGCUAGCUUUUUUCUGCCUUCCUCUCUCAAAUCUGAGCAAACGUACAGUGAAGGUUCACCAGAUUGAUUCCUGGGAUGUCAGGACUUUCAUAUGAAGAAAGACUGGAUAGACUUGGCUUGCACUCGCUAGAAUUUAGAAGAUUGAGGGGGGAUCUUAUAGAAACUUACAAAUUUCUUAAGGGGUUGGACAGGCUAGAUGCAGGAAGAUUGUUCCCAAUGUUGGGGAAGUCCAGAACAAGGGGUCACAGUUUAAGGAUAAGGUAUUUUAGGACCGAGAUGAGAAAAAAAACUUCUCACACAGAAAGUGGUGAAUCUGUGGAAUUCUCUGCCACAGAAAGUAGUUGAGGCAGUUCAUCGGCUAUGUUUAAGAGGGAGUUAGAUGUGGCCCUUGUGGCUAAAGGGAUCAGGGGGUAUGGAGAGAAGGCAGGUACAGGAUACUGAAUUGGAUGAUCAGCCAUGAUCAUAUUGAAUGGCGGUGCAGCCUCGAAGGGCCGAAUGGCCUACUCCUGCACCUAUUUUCUAUGUUUCUAUCUAUUCCCUGCCCUUUGAAAAACUCGGCCUCUCUCUUGUCCCUGGUCUCUCUCUUCUACUUUUCUCAAUCGCUCUCCUCUGUUACUACCUCCUCCUGAGGCAGAGAACCCUCUGAAUGCUCCCCUCUCUCUCUUGUAGUUUCUUAAUCUUCCUCCUCGUGCACUGAGCAGUUGGGCUUUAUGUUAUUCUACUUCUAAUACAUUUCCUCUUUCCCGCUCUUUCCAUUGUGUGUCACUCUAUCUUGUUUCAUUCAAGUCCCAAACCAAUACUGACCUCUUAUACACCCCCACAUCCACCACCUCCUCGCCCUUGGAUAGAUCAUAGAACAAUACAACACAGGAACAGGCCCUUCGACCCACAAUGUCCGUGCAAAACAUGAUUCCAUGUUAAGCGAAUCACCUCUGCCUGCACGUGAUCGGUAUCCCCCAUUCCCUGCAUAUCUAACAGCAUCUUAAAUUCCAUUUUGUGUAUCUGCCUCCACCACCACCCCUGGCAGCGAGACCCAGGCACUCAGCACCCUGUAUAAAACGCUUAACCCACACAUCUCCUUUCGACUUUGUCCCUUUCACCUUAAAUCUCUGCCUUCUAGUCUUUGACAUUUCCAUACUGGCAUAAAGGUCCUGACCAUCUAACAUAUACAUGCCUCUCAUAAUUGUGUUUACUUCUAUCAGGUCUCCCCACAACUUCUGGCAUUCCAGAGCAAGCAAUCCAAGUCUAACCAAUCUAACCUCUCCUUGUAGCUUCUUCUUCUUGCGUACGGCGUGCACAGCCUAAAGUUGUAGGUCAACUUGCUCUAUUUGAUCUAUUUGUUUGUGCACGUCAGGUUGAUUUCAUUCGUCGAAACAGUGUGGACCAUGUGAAGGUUGCAAUCUUCCACCCCUCCCUGUAGCUAAUACCCCUUAAUCCACGCAGCAUUCUGGUAAAUCUCCUCUGCACCCUCUUCAAAGCCUCUACAUCGUGACUGUAAUGGCGCGACCAGAUCUGCACGCAAAGUAUAGCCUAACCUAAUGCCCCUGUCCCACUUAGGAAACCUGAACGGAAACCUCUG